CCGGGCCGGGGCGGAGCGGGCCGGCGGCGGCAUGGCGGGCGGGCGGGCCGGGCCCGGGGCGCUGCUGGCGCUGCUGGCGCUGCGGGCGCUCGGGGCGGCGGCGCACCCCCAGUGCCUGGACUUCAGGCCGCCCUUCCGGCCGCCGCAGCCGCUGCGCUUCUGCGCGCAGUACUCGGCCUUCGGCUGCUGCGCCCCCGAGCAGGACGCGGCGCUGGCCCGCCGCUUCGGAGCCCUGGCGGCGCGCGUGGACGCCGCCGAGUGGGCCGCGUGCGCCGGCUACGCGCUCGACCUGCUGUGCCAGGAAUGCUCACCCUACGCCGCCCACCUGUACGACGCCGAGGACCCGUCCACGCCGCUGCGCACGGUGCCGGGGCUCUGCGAGGACUACUGUCUGGACAUGUGGCAGACGUGCCGGGGCCUCUUCCGCCACCUGUCGCCCGACCGGGAGCUCUGGGCCCUGGAGGGCAACCGCGCCAAGUUCUGCCGCUACCUGUCGCUGGACGACGCGGACUACUGCUUCCCGCGCCUGCUGGUCAACGAGAACCUCAACUCGAACCUGGGCCGCGUGGUGGCCGACGCCAAGGGCUGCCUGCAGCUGUGCCUGGAGGAGGUGGCUAACGGGCUGCGCAACCCCGUGGCCAUGGUGCACGCGCGGGACGGCAGCCACCGCUUCUUCGUGGCCGAGCAGGUGGGGCUGGUGUGGGCCUACCUGCCCGACCGCUCGCGGCUGGAGAAGCCCUUCCUGAACAUCAGCCGGGCGGUGCUCACCUCGCCGUGGGAGGGCGACGAGCGGGGCUUUCUGGGCAUCGCCUUGCACCCCGGCUUCCGGCACAACGGCAAGCUCUACGUCUACUACUCAGUGGGGGUCGGCUUCGACGAGUGGAUCCGCAUCAGCGAGUUCAGGGUCUCCGCGGACGACAUGAACACCGUGGACCACAACUCUGAGAGGAUAAUCCUGGAGAUCGAAGAACCAGCCUCCAACCACAACGGGGGCCAGCUGCUAUUUGGGGACGACGGGUACCUCUACAUCUUUACUGGUGACGGCGGGAUGGCCGGAGACCCCUUUGGCAAAUUUGGAAAUGCCCAAAACAAGUCGGCGCUGCUGGGCAAGGUGCUGCGCAUCGACGUGGACCGCAACGAGCGCGGCCCGCUCUACCGCAUCCCGCGCGACAACCCGUUCGUGGACGACCCCGCCGCGCGGCCCGAGGUCUACGCGCUGGGCGUGCGCAACAUGUGGCGCUGCUCGUUCGACCGCGGCGACCCGGCCACCGGCGCGGGCCGCGGCCGCCUCUUCUGCGGAGACGUGGGCCAGAACAAGUUCGAGGAGGUGGACCUGGUGGAGCGCGGCCGCAACUACGGCUGGCGCGCCCGCGAAGGUUACGAGUGCUACGACCGCAAGCUGUGCGCCAACGCCUCCCUCGAUGAUGUCCUGCCGAUAUUCGCCUACCCGCACAAACUGGGCAAAUCGGUCACCGGAGGCUACGUGUACCGGGGCUGUGAGUACCCCAACCUGAACGGCCUCUACAUUUUCGGCGAUUUUAUGAGUGGGCGUCUGAUGUCCCUCCGAGAGAACGUGGAGACGGGCCAGUGGCGCUACAGCGAGAUCUGCAUGGGUCGAGGCCAGACCUGUGCGUUCCCGGGCCUCAUUAACAACUACCACCGUCGUGUCAUCUCCUUUGCAGAGGAUGAAGCUGGGGAGCUGUACUUCAUGUCAACGGGCGUGCCGAGCGCCGCAGCGGCCCGUGGGGUUGUCUACAAAGUGAUCGACCCUUCCAGACGGGCACCACCCGGCACGUGCCAGAUCCAGCCUUCCCGGGUGAAGGUGAGGAGCCGCCUCAUCCGUUUCGUGCCCAAAGAAAAGUUCAUCCGGAGGGAGGAGAGCACCCCACGGCCCACAGCGCGUGCACCCACCAAGGCGCCCCGCCGCAGCCGCCCCACGGCCGCUCGGCCCGCGCCCACCCCGCGGCCCGCCCGGCCCACCCGGCGGCCGGGGGGCCGGAGGGGCGGCGGGCGGCGGCGGGGGCGACCGGGCACGGCUGACCCCGCGCCCUCGAACGGCGCCGUGCGCCUGGUGCGGCCCGCGGGCCUGAGUCCCGGCCGCGGGCGUGUGGAGGUGUUCGCGGGUGGCCGCUGGGGCACCGUGUGCGACGACGCCUGGGACACCAAGGCCGCCGCCGUCGUGUGCCGCCAGCUGGGCUUUGCGCACGCCGUGCGGGCCACCAAGCGCGCGGAGUUCGGCGAGGGCCACGGGCUGCCCAUCCUCCUGGACGACGUGCGCUGCGCGGGCGGCGAGCGCAACCUGCUGGAGUGCACGCACGCCGCCGUGGGCACGCACAACUGCGGGCACCAGGAGGACGCGGGCGUCGUGUGCAGCCACGAGGACCCUGACCUGUAGGCGAGUCCCUGCCGGCCGGCCAGGCCACCUCCUUCCCGCCGGGGCCCGGCAGGGCCCCUCCGCCCUGAGCGCGCCCGGUGCGCGCCCGAGUCUGGAGGCGAAGGGGGCCCAUCUGUAACGCCGUCCUGCGCCCCCGUGUGAGGUGUGUGCGGGGCUCGUGUGCGCUCUGUGUCCCUGCCCGUGUGUCUUCUGCAGACCAGAAGCCACAGCGUGUUGGGGUCUGUGUGCUCAUGGGCCCCAGGUGUUCUUUCCUUACUCCCAGACACCUCAGGCACGUGCAGGAACACAGUCGGGCCCUGGACCCUGAGCACCGAGGGCUGCUACUCUUCAAGGGCAGACAUGGCCCUUGGCCGAGUUAACAGAGGCACAGCUGGCAGACCGAGGGAGGGGACCAGGCCUGUCCUGCCCAGGGCUGGAGUGGAAGGCCCUGGACCAUCUGGAGCAUGGCCUGAGAACCCGUGGCCCAGCAGUCGGAGGUGCCGAAGAGAACAGGAAGGCAGUGGGGCCAAGGGAAGGUAUUAGACCGAUGGGUCUGGGCUGACCCGUGGGCCAUGGCAUCUGAGUGAGUGUCAGGCUGCCUAGGGGGAGGUGAGCGCCUGGGGAGGGGGUACUGGAUGACCUCUGGGAGAGGCCUUCUGGUCAUCUUUGGCUUCAUUGUCAUGCUGGGUCUAUGUGGGUGCUCUGGGGACAAUGCUGGGUCCCCUGGCCCUGAGACCUGACUCUCCAGUGCUCACUGGGACAGAAGCCACCCAUCUGGCCACUCCAAGCACCGCGGCCCCCAGCGAGUGAGUGAGGCAUCAGGAUUCUCCACUUUAAAGGCUGUAUCGGGGGUGCUGGAGCCACUUCGGUCAUCUCCAUCCCCACACGGCUCAGUGAAAUCCCAGGGACCCCCGAUUCCUCCAGCGGUUCCCCCCAGGAGUCCAGAAAGACUACUGAUGCUCUGUCACCCAAAGCUGUGCCAACAACGUCACUGUUUACAACCCCC